AUGCCAUCAGAAACAUUUCGGAUGUUAAUUUGUGGAAACAGUGGAAGUGGAAAAACUAAUCUGUUGUAUCAUAUGUUAAUUAAACCACUACUGUACUAUGACGAGAUUUAUCUUUACGCGCGUAAUCUAGAACAGGAUAAGUAUCAAAAGCUAAUUCAGAAAAUGAGGGAGUUAAGUCAUAAAUUGGAAUAUGAAAUACUUCAUGUUAGUAAUGAUGAAAUAACCCCAGUGUCAGAAAUGGAUUAUGAAGACAACCAAAAACUUGUGAUAUUUGAUGAUUACGUUUGUGAUAAAAACCAGAGGCAACUGAUUGAUUAUUUCAUUCAAGGUCGGCAUAAAAAUUGUUCGGUGGUUUACCUCAGUCAGUCGUUUUACAAAACUCCAAAGGAUAUACGGUUAAAUUGUUCUCAUUACUGCCUUUAUGAAUUUCCAUCAUCGAGGGAAUCCAACAGAAUAUCAUCUGAGUUAGGAGUUAAUAAAGAAGAUUAUAAAGCAGCAACUAAAAAACCCUAUUCAUUCCUUUAUGUUGAUAAACCAAAAAAACGUAUUGCAAGAAACUUUAUCGCCCCCCUGCAAUAA